ACCGCGGAGGUGGUUCGCGCCGAAGCCCUGGAAACUGCAAGUUCCCAGUUCGCCGCCGCGACGGCGGGGCGGCCGCUGUCUCUUCCACUCUUGAGAGCUCUGGAUCCUGUGCGCUGCAGGCGGGUUGGCCGAGUCUAGUUAUCUCCCUGGGAGGUCUUGUCGUCUAUUAGUUUUAGGUGGGGUGGAGUGAGUUGUUUUCAAUUUUGCAGGGAUUCGCGUUUCACGUCCCCGCAUUUCCAGUCCUCCCCAAAAGGGAAAGCAGUCUGACCUAAGGACGGUGAAUUUAGUCCUCCCCUCUCUGCCAGCCAGCUGUGCUUAUGUGUGUGAAGGCGGUCAGAAAAAAAUCGAAUUUGCUACCUAGUGAGAGCAAAUUAUCCAGAUAAUUGGUUCAAAUCUCUCUCCUCUGUGGCUGGGGUAGACACAGUCUUUGGAUCAGAAGCAGGGAAUCCCUACUCAGGAUAGGGGUAACCACCCCCACCCCUGCAGACCUUUCCGUCGGGGACUCCUGCUACCACCUGAGAACCUGGCUGCGGUUGCAACAAACCCCGAGUGGAAAUCCGAACAGGGCAAAGGUGCAGAGGAGUGGAAACCCGCUCCAGGCGAAGUCAACCGGGAAGGCGACCACCCUGGGCCUCUGGAUGGGUUCUGCCUGUGGGCCGGCUUGCGGGUCAGCUUCAAGAGGAACGGGCGCACGCCGCGAUGCAGCACUACGGGGUGAAUGGCUACUCGCUGCACGCCAUGAACUCACUCAGCGCCAUGUACAACCUGCACCAGCAGGCGGCCCAGCAGGCCCAGCACGCCCCCGACUACCGGCCAUCGGUGCAUGCGCUUACACUGGCUGAGCGCCUGGCUGACAUCAUCUUGGAGGCCCGCUAUGGCUCACAGCAUCGCAAACAGCGCCGUAGCCGCACGGCGUUCACUGCCCAGCAGCUCGAGGCCCUGGAAAAGACCUUCCAGAAGACUCACUACCCAGACGUGGUGAUGCGGGAGAGGCUGGCCAUGUGCACCAACCUGCCUGAGGCCCGGGUGCAGGUGUGGUUCAAGAACCGCAGGGCCAAGUUCCGGAAGAAGCAGCGCAGCCUGCAGAAAGAGCAGCUGCAGAAGCAGAAGGAGGCUGAGGGCUCCCACGGGGAAAGCAAGGCUGAAGCCCCAACCCCAGACACCCAGCUGGAGACUGAUCAGCCCCCAAGCCUGCCCAGUGGCGACCCCCCCGCCGAGCUUCACCUGAGCCUGUCUGAGCAGUCGGCCAGUGAGUCAGCCCCUGAGGACCAGCCAGACCGGGAGGAGGAUCCCCGGGCAGGAAUCGAGGAUCCCAAAACCGAGAAGAGCCCUGGCGCUGAGAGCAAGGGGCUGGGCUGCAAGAGGGGCAGCCCCAAGGCAGAUUCCCCAGGCAGCCUGGCCCUGGCUCCUGCAGCACCCGGGGGUGGCCUCCUGGGCCCCUCCCACUCCUACUCGUCAUCCCCGCUGAGCCUCUUCCGUCUGCAGGAGCAAUUCCGCCAGCAUAUGGCAGCCACCAACAACCUAGUGCACUAUUCAUCCUUCGAAGUGGGGGGCCCGGCCCCUGCCGCCGCUGCCGCCGUCCCCUACCUGGGUGUCAACAUGGCCCCGCUGGGCUCGCUGCACUGCCAGUCCUACUACCAGUCCCUGUCGGCAGCCGCUGCUGCCCACCAGGGCGUGUGGGGGUCCCCGCUGCUGCCCGCGCCCCCGGCAGGCCUGGCACCUGCCUCUGCUGCCCUGAACAGUAAAACCACGAGCAUCGAGAACCUGCGGCUUCGGGCCAAGCAGCACGCAGCCUCUCUGGGACUCGAUACGCUGCCCAACUGACCGCUGGCCUCCAACCCAGCCAGGGGUCUUGGGUGCCCCCUCCCAGCCCCAGGGUUACCCCCAGACGGCUUGCAUGGAGUUAACUCUAUGAGCCCGGGGAUCCUGGGGCCAUGGAGUCCUGCCCCCAUCCCCCUCCCUGAGUCCCAGCCCCCGGGUGAAGCCCACACUUGCACACCUUCUGCAUGGCCCUGCUUGGAUCCCACGGAGGCCGAAUCGGAGGAGGGGAGGCUGGGGCGCCCGCAGCCUCUGCAGGAGAGCGAGGCCCUCCGUGGCCAGAUCCUCCCCUCUGCACGGCCUCCUCCCUGCCCUCCCUACCUCCCCUUUGCCCCCUAGUAAGUCGAUGUGUGGAAUGUGAGGUAUAAAUAUAAAUAUAUAAAGCUAUAUUUUCAGGCCCCUGCCUGCCCCAGCCCCCCUGCCGUCCUUGCCUCCCCGUACAGCGUCCACAUCUCUCUCUGGCUUUCCUCUGUCUCUCUCUCUCUCCCCUCUCCUUCCCUGACCUGCCUCUGUCCUGUUUCCUACCCCUCUCUUCCCAGCCUCUGUCUUCCCCACUCUGGACCUUUGCCCACAUCUCUUCUCCCUGCUCCUGCUUUCUUUCUUUGGUCCUGGCUGUGUGAUGUUGUCAGUUCCCAGGCUAUGUUUUGUUUGGGAUUGUGACUUCUUAGUUGUAGUGAUUUUGCUUUUUCCUGUUCUUCCUCCUGCUUCUUCCCACCUGCCUGUCUCCUCCCUGCACUGCACCGGCCUCUCUAGGCUGCUGUUCCUCUCCAUCCCCAGUAGAGGUGGUAAGGCCCUAGCUGGAGACCCUUUUGCCACGGAGCUGAGGGCAGGAGCUGGCAUUGGCCUCCUUAGCCGUCCUCCCUCAGACCUGUCAUCUAGAAGGGGUCACAAAUCACAUUCUCUUCUCUCUCUUUUCUCAGCUUUGAGGCCCCACCCAAGAUGGAGGAGGAGGGGAGUGGAGGCAGGAGUCAGGCUGAGGCAGGCAAUAGGAUGGCGGCAUCCCUGCCUGUAAGACCUCCAGGACAGAGGACGGCCGCCAGUGUUCAUCCAGGACUGACCACAGGGUUCUAGGUCUCUCUGGUGAGACUUCUCUGGUUGGGGGGAGGAAACAGGGGAGGGGGGCUCUCAGAGAGAGGUCUUUUCAGAGGAAUGGGGCAGAUUCUUUUCUCCCACUCCCUGGCCCCUAAGUCCUGCAGUUAGAGUCUGCUGCAGGGGUGCGUCUGAGCCAGGAAGAAAGGCUGAACCCUAACUCCUGAUCACAAUAAGUGCAAACCACACAGCAGUGCAUAGUCUCAGGCUUCUGUUGACAUGCCGUCCUGGAGCUAAUUGUUGAAGUCAGGGCUUCUGUCCAGCUAGUCACUGGCAUGGAAAAGUGGGUUCCUGUUUAUGUCCAGGAGGCCAGCUCAGCAAACUUCCCUUCAAAGCAGUGUGGCCUUGAGUCAGCCCGUAGCCUCUCUGGGCCUGUUUCCCCAUCUGGAUUAGAUGGUCUGUAACGUCCUGCCCAGCUGUAACAUCCUGCAUGUCUGGGCUCACAACCCUUGCAGGGUGGAAGUUUUUAGUUAAACUGACAACGACAACAACAACAAUAACAACAACAACAAAAAGGCUCUCAAAAGUACAGUGGAUGAAUUGGAAACUUACUGUUGCCUUGCUGUGGAGCAAUGAGUGUUGUACGUACAAGCCUUUGCAUGAGCAUGGCCACAGUUUCUGGGUCUCAGUUUCCCCAUGAAUAUAAUGGGUCCCUUCUAGUUGAGAAAAUGUGGAUUUGACCCUGAUUUCCUUGAGUCAUAGUGCCAGCUUUUGAGGUUGCCCCAUCUCCAUGCCUUUACAGGGUGUCAGGGACUCGGGGCAAGGGGAGGGGAACGGCUUGCACAGAUUCUGAGUCAUGAUCCUCAACCCUUUGUGGCUCACCACUGAACCCUCAACACUCUACUUACAGAAAUUGCAUCUGGAAACCAGGGUAAAGAUUCCUAAGGUGUGUCUCUUCUCCCGGUGGUAGGAGGCAGAGGCCCCUGUUGGGGCCAGGUAGGACGGGUUUGCAGAGCAGUAGAUGCCCAUCAUUCUUGGCGUUUGUGCGGGGAUGGUGUUUUUCUGAGCUGGGUCGGAUGGAGGAGGCUUUGAGGGGGGGGGGAGUGAGGGGGAUGGUCACCUGGGCCAGGAGAGCUAUUUUAAUAAGGCAACGGACUGAGACUAGGUGGAUGGUGGGGCAGGGGGCCCUUGUUUCAUGAGAGGUGGGGCUGAGGGCCUUGAAUCCAGGCUAAAGACUUCACCUUGAUGUGGCAGGCAGGUGAGGGGGAUCAGUUGAACCAGGAUCUGGGAUCUGGGAUUUGGAAGGUGAAUUUAACAGCCACUGGAGCAUCAGAGGAAAAGGGACUCAGGCAGGAAGACUGAAGGAUGGAGACUCUCUGAGACAGAAGGGAUUUUUGGUUUGUCUUCUGGGAUCAGCUCCAGGAAGGUCUGUUUCUGCAAUGAAAGCAGUCUCAUCUAGAUCAGGCGUGGGGACUGACACCUUUUGCAGUCCCUGGAUGCAGGUGACUGUCAGUAGGCCUUGGAAUCCAGCAGCUCUAGAUAUUACCAUCUUCUCCAGGAAGUCUCCCCUGACCUCCUAAAGGGCAAGUCCACCCUGGAGUCAUGUUCUGUCUUGGCUGGAGCUCAGCCCAGCUUCUCUCGGAUCUUUGUCGACAUUUCCUCGUUCAACUGAUCCAAUUCCACUAUCCCAGAAAAGGCAGGGAAAGUAUACAUGAUCCCCUGCCCCUGUGCAGAUGUCAACCUAGUUAGGGGACCAGCCUGUUACUGAAGACAGCUAGAGAGCUGGAGGAGAGUGUACCAUGUGUCUCCUACAGGAGUCAGAGGGUAUGGGCUUGGCGUGGGCCCCUUGUACCUGAGAUUGAAGCCUCCCCUGGGGCCUGCUGGCUCACCGUGAGGCUCUAUCUCUGACCAUUCCUUCCAGGAAAGCCUCAUUCCUCACCUCUCCCUCUUAUUUGAGGUCUCCAUUUUCCCUGCUUCUUCACUUCCCCUGAGCAUGGUCCAGGGGCCUGGGCCCCCAACCCCGACUUGGCAGCUGGAGGGCUGUACAGACUGCUUUCCAAACCAGCUGUUUUGUGACCAUUUGUGCUUAGAGGUUGUGCCAGGCCGUGGCAAAAACACUGUGUACUGUAUUUAUUUAUUCUGUUAGUUGAAAAAAGCAAGACUCAAAUUUCCCCCUCCCUGCCCUGCCUCCUGUGUAGUGCAGCAUGACACUCUGUCCUGUGAUCCGUCCGUCUGUCUGAUUUCCUGUGAUGUUGUGACCUGUUCUUUGUCCUUCUUGGCUAAUAAAAGAAUCCGGCAGCACA